GUGGCUUGUGUUCUGCUAUGUACCAACUUUCUGUGAUUCUCUACAGCACUUUGACACGACCAUGGUUUUUGGUAGAACCCUUCUAAGGGCGAUCUUCAAAUAUAUUCGAAAACAAAUAAUGGAUCAGUUUCAUAGAGAAAGGGAAACCAUGCCCCAGGAUAGACGAGUCAUGUUGUUGACUAAUUUUCCCCCAUUUUUGAAUCAGUUGGAUGAGGAAAUUUUUGCCUCUAACUCCCCAAUUUGGGAUCCAGAAUUUAAAUCUCAGUCAUUACAUUUCCAGUCGUUAUUGGAUGCUAGAUUGAAAACUGCUCCUGUUACUCCAAAAAAGUGUGAAUUCGAGAGAGUUACUUUAGGCCAUACAGAUAGGGAAGGUUUCUCAACUUCAACUCUUAGCUCAGGUAAAAUUGUUCGCAGCAGCUCAGAUACACCAUUGCGAGAAACUAAAAAAAGGAAAUUUGUCCAAGAUGAACAAUUUGAGGAUCUCCCUCAAGACACAGUGUCUCAAAUUAUAUCAAUAAUUGAUGAUCCCAAUUAUAUGACUGGGCCAGAUAUGGUGUUUUCAGAAAAUGCACCAGCAACCGACGAAGCUCCUAAACUAGAAGAAAAACGGAACAUAAUUCAGCUUCAUGUUGUUGGCAAUAGUCUCACGGAACCAGUGACCAAACAAACAAUGCUGUGGCUCAUCGGAUUGCAGAGUGUGUUUUCCCAUCAACUACCAAGGAUGCCAAUAGAGUAUAUCACACAGUUAUUAUUUGAUCCCAAACAUCGAACAAUAGCCUUGAUAAAAGAGAAUCGUCCAAUUGGUGGAAUAUGCUUUCGACCAUUCCAGACUCAAGGUUUUACCGAAAUUGUGUUUUGUGCCGUAAUAUCCAGAGAACAGGUGAAAGGUUAUGGUACUCAUUUGAUGAACCAUCUUAAAGAUUAUAAUAUUUCGAAAGGAAUUUUGCAUUUUUUAACAUUUGCUGACCAGAAUGCUAUAGGCUAUUUCGAAAGACAGGGAUUUUCUAAAGAUAUUAAAAUGACUAGGGCCGCUUAUCAAGGUUAUAUUAAAGAUUAUGAGGGCGCCACUUUGAUGCAUUGCGAGUUGAAUCCAAAGAUAAUCUAUACAGAAUUUACCAGUAUCGUUAGGAGACAAAAGAAAUUCGUCAAGCAGUUGAUUUAUCAACAACAAAGAAUGGUUUCCAAAGUUCAUCCAGGGGUUACUUUCUUCAAAGAAGGUGUAAAAACCAUACCUAUAGAGUCAAUACCAGGCAUUGAAGAAACGGGUUGGAAACCUGCUUCGAGAACCACAAGAGGUCAACAACUAGAGGAAUCUCUGGAUGUUGAUAUUUUAGCUGGAAUGUUGAAAAUUGUCUUAAAUGCAGUCAAAAAACAUGUGGACUCCUGGCCUUUUGAACAGCCAGUUGACAGACAUGUAGUAACUGAUUACUAUGACCACAUAAAAUAUCCUAUGGAUCUCAAAACAAUGACUGAUAGGCUGAAAUCGAGGUACUAUGUAUCCAGAAGAUUAUUCAUAGCUGAUAUGAUGCGAAUUUUCACCAACUGUAAGAUUUAUAACUCACCUGAAACCGAAUACUACCAGUGUGCGGAAAAUUUACAGCAGUACUUUCAAACACAAAUGAAAGAAAUUGGAUUAUGGGACAGAUAAAAAAAAAUCAACAUGUUUUGUGUUACUUGGAAAUAUAUGUGUAUAAUCAGGUAACUGAAUAACUAUAUGAUUUCUGUAAAAGUUGUCAAACUAGUGAAAUAUACAUUGGUUCCCAUCAUGAAAAAAAUCA